CCCAUGGCGAUGGUAGCACACAACUGGUUGUGGCUUUCACGAGGCAGGCACGCCGCGCGCUCUCCAUGAGAGCUCCGCUCCGUUCUCGCACCAUUUCGCGUCGUUGCAUCCCGCCGAUUACGUCGUAUGUGCGUCGCUCGAUACGCGUCGAAGCGCAUCGGGACACCGAGACGGCCUGGAACGCGCGUUUCUCGUGUGGGAGUGUCCCCGCGUCGUGUAACACGCGUGUCGCGCGAGCUGUCAAAAAAGAGCCACCGGUGUGUUUUCGCGCGGAAUCGCACGCUCCGAAAAAAAGGCCGCGUUUAUCGGCGCGGCGUGUCACGUGCACACCCGUCCCUCCCGUCGCAUCGGCGAUUUGCAUCCCGCGAAAUAUGAACGGCGCGUAGCGUGUGUUGUGCGGGUGUUCCGGCGGGCGUAAAUAUACACGAGUAAACGUCACGUGGCGGCCACGAUGAUCCGGCAACUACCGAUAUUGCUGCUGUUCGGCGUCGCGUUGGCCACGAAUAACAAAUCUUUCAAUCUCUUCCUCAGCCAGACGGAAGUCCGCAAGCUAAUGGGACUGCAAGCGGAAUUAUUUUAUGUCAGGGAUGGCGUCGUAAACGAGUACGCCAUCAAGUUCGUCGUUCCUGUACCAGCGCAGGUUCAGAAACUCCAUUUCACGUGGGAAAAUUUCGACCCCGACCCUCUACCGUACUCGCUCUUCGUCGACAUCAGCAAUCCUUCAGCGCUGAGCGGCUCGCUAAACAUUUCCCAGACCGGAGUGAUACCCGUGGGUUACAUACAGACGUGGGCCCUCACGCUUCACUGCGGGCCCUACGACGUGGAAGUCGACUUGAGCAUCCGAAUAAACGUCUCGGUGAAGACCAACCUUACCAGCCUGGAGUUCAAGCGGAAGAAGAUUUGCUUGAAGGACAAGAGUUACAUAGAGCCCGAGGAGGUCCUCGUCGCCGCCCCCGGCACGACUUCCGGCGGUCAGAUCUUUUACGCGGCCAUCGGCUGCGCGUGUGCAUUCAUCGCCGCUAUUUUCGUCCUCGUGCUGGCCUACUACGUGCGCGACAAGAAGACCAGACGACAUCGAGAUCCUCUCCAGGAAUCCAGAGGUCUCAGUUCGGCGUGCAGCGUCGAAAGGGGCACCGGAGUCGGACCUGCGCAAACGUUUUUGUCACCGGAAACACCUCCACCUGCGUCCGCUGCGUCCGGAUCGUCUUACAGAAGACUAGACGAUCGCCCUAGCCGAGAACUGCACGAAAGAAUUCAGGAAAUCACUGUUCAAAGAUGCAGAGUACGUCUUCUCAGCAUCGAAAUGGAAGGAACAUUUGGACGCGUAUACAGAGGAAGUUAUCACGAGGAGGGUGCUUUAUCCCCGAGAGACGUACUAGUGAAAACAGCUGCCGAGCACGCAUCCCAAUCACAAGUGGCUCUUCUCCUGCGGGAAGGUUUAGCUCUUUACGGGCUCAGUCAUCCGGCAUUGCUUCCGGUUCUCGGUGUUUCUAUCGAAGACAGAAGCGCACCUUUUCUGCUGUACCCGCACACGGGUUACAGAAACAUGAAGAGAUUCUUGUUAAGGUGCAAGCUAAGCAGCGAAGGGCCCCCAAGGGCCCUCACAACGCAAGAAGUCGUCGAAAUGGCACUACAGGCUGCCAAAGGUGUACAAUAUCUUCACAAAAAGAGACUCAUUCACAGAGACUUGGCUGCCAGAAAUUGCGUUGUUGACGACGACUUGCGAGUACAGAUCACGGAUAACGCCCUCGCCAGAGAUCUGUUCCCACAAGAUUAUCACUGCCUCGGCGAUAACGAGAAUCGCCCUAUCAAAUGGCUGGCGAUAGAAAGUUUACUCACCAAGACCUUCACAACAGCCUCUGACGUGUGGGCAUUCGGCGUUUUAUUGUGGGAAUUGACGACGUUGGCGCAACAACCUUAUGUGGAAGUGGAUCCAUUUGAAAUGGCAUCCUACCUCAGAGACGGCUACAGAUUGGCACAACCGAUAAACUGUCCAGACGAGCUGUUCGCGGUGAUGGCAUACUGCUGGGCUAUGUCAGCGGAAGAGAGACCGACAUUUAGUCAAUUGAUUAUCUGUCUGCAAGACUUCCACACUCAGUUAACGCGAUAUGUUUAAUUGAGCCGGGCAAUUCACUGUAAAAUAGGUUUUAAAUUUGGUUAAACUUUGGCUCUUAAAAUAUCUGAACAUAUCGAAGCUUUUUUUUAUCAAAGAGAUAGAAAUUUGCAUCACGCUUGUAUAUAUUGUUGUAGUACUUAAGCCUCCGUAAGAAGUUCGUUUUUUAUAGGAAUAGUGCGAUAUGUGUAGAUAAUCGAUUCUAGUGUAAUAUAUCACCUUUCUCUUCGAAAUUCUUAAACUUUGUGAUUUGAAGCUUAGAAGUAACCGUCGAAGGAAAUUGAAUUCAAAGUAAAGUUGUAUUUUUGUGCGAUGAUUCACGUAAAGCAUUCAAAAAUUAAUUUCAGAGAAACUGUUAAUAUCGAACGUAUCAUAGGAUGCAUCAUAGAGAAAUCAGUCUGUAAGAUCUAUCAAAUUAUAUAACAUAUUGGAAUGAGCCGUAAAACGAGUAAGAAUGAUCGACAGCAAAAAAAAAAGGAUAGCAAUAUGAAACGGGGCAUUUAUUUUUGUUGCAAAUAGAAAAGAAAUAGCAUGUGAAAGAAAGAUAGACGUUCCUAACUGUGAAAACUAUUCUUUUUUAAUUGUGGCCGCAAGCCUACGCGUGUAUAGUUUGUUAUAGAAAAGGCUCAUUCCAAUACGUUGUAUAGCUUAAUAGUAAGAUUAACCUCUCAAUUUGUCAUAAACUUAAAUUUUGAGCAUAAAAGGAAAUUUCAUAUAAUAUAAUUUUCUGAAAUUUAUAAUUAAAUAUAACUUUCCAAAAUUAUAUCAUAUAAAAUCAAAAGUACGUCUUUAGCGCCUGAUAUCUUAGAGGUACCCGGUAUAUUAAAUGAGCACAGUAUGAAGAAAUCGCGUGAAUUAUUCAUAUUGUACAAGUUAAGACUGAAUCCACUUAUGUCGUUGCGCCAUGUGUCCGGUGCUCGUGUUCAAUGUGAUGUCGUCCAUGAUUACCAAAAUCGGCGUGCUCGCACGCACGUCAUCGUGCACUGCGCCCCCCCCCCCCCUGUCCCUCUGAUCCCGAAACCUGUAUCGUUGAUAAAACAGGGAGAGAACUUCCUGGCGAAUCCGAGCAAUGUGAUAUACGCUUCGCUUGCCCACGUGAGUCUGUCUCGAAUGUGCCAAUAUCUUUUUUUCUCCUUUUGUAUUUUUGUACAUAUUCACAUAAUUUGCAUACGCGUUAUCGACGAGUAUAUAAGAAUCGCGCGUCACGCCUAAAUAAAAAGUAAUUCCGUGUACAUAAUAAAUGUGUAGUGUAAGAGACUAUAAAUGUACAAAUCGCAGGCGUUACGAGCACAAUAAAUUUCUAUCUAUACGAUCGA